UAAUGCUAUUUGCAGCAACAUGAAUGGACCUGGAGAUUGUCAUACUAAAUGAACAAUUUUUCCAGCUAGUCAAAUUACGAAAGCUUGGACUUAGUGAUAAUGAAAUUCAGCGGCUCCCUCCAGAAAUAGCAAACUUCAUGCAGCUGGUCGAACUUGACGUAUCCCGGAAUGAUAUUCCUGAAAUUCCAGAGAGCAUCUCAUUCUGUAAAGCACUGCAGAUCGCUGACUUCAGUGGAAACCCACUGACUAGAUUACCAGAAAGCUUUCCCGAAUUACAGAAUUUGACAUGUCUUUCUGUAAAUGACAUCUCAUUGCAGUCUCUGCCUGAAAAUAUUGGCAAUCUGUAUAACCUGGCUUCACUGGAACUGAGAGAGAAUCUUCUCACAUAUCUUCCUGACUCUCUUACCCAGCUACGGAGACUAGAAGAACUUGACUUAGGAAACAAUGAAAUCUAUAAUUUGCCAGAAUCAAUCGGAGCUCUCUUUCAUCUAAAGGAACUCUGGUUGGACGGAAAUCAGCUGUCCGAAUUACCUCAGGAAAUAGGAAAUCUGAAGAACCUGCUGUGCUUAGAUGUCUCUGAAAACAGGUUGGAGAGACUCCCUGAAGAGAUCAGCGGCCUGACUUCACUGACAGAUUUUGUCAUUUCCCAGAACUUGCUGGAAGUGCUCCCGGACGGCAUCGGAAAGCUAAAGAAACUGUCCAUCUUGAAGGUGGAUCAGAACAGACUCACUCAGUUGCCUGAGGCGGUCGGGGACUGUGAAAGCCUCACCGAAUUGGUUCUGACGGAAAACCGGCUCCUGACUUUACCCAAGAGCAUUGGGAAACUCAAGAAGUUGAACAACUUGAAUGCAGACAGAAAUAAAAUAGUGUCUUUACCAAAGGAGAUCGGCGGGUGCUGCAGCCUCACCGUGUUCUGUGUGCGUGACAACAGACUGACCCGAAUACCCGCAGAGGUGUCGCAGGCCAGUGAGCUACACGUCCUGGAUGUGGCGGGCAACAGGUUGUUGCACCUGCCUCUGUCCCUGACCACGCUGAAGCUGAAGGCUCUGUGGUUGUCCGACAACCAGUCCCAGCCCCUGCUCACGUUCCAGACGGACAUGGACCACGCCACGGGGGAGAAGAUUCUCACCUGUGUCUUACUGCCUCAGCUGCCUUCCGAACCUGCUUGCCAAGAGAACCUGGCCCGCUGUGCUGCCCUGGAGAGCUUGGUGAACGACGUCUCUGAUGAGGCCUGGAACGAGCGUGCGGUCAACAGAGUCAGCGCAAUCCGAUUCGUGGAAGAUGAGAAGGAUGAGGAUGACAACGAAACGAGAACGCUUCAGAGGCGGGCCACGCCGCACCCGGGCGAGCUGAAGAACCUGAAAAAGACAGUGGAGAACUUGCGAAAUGACAGGCACGCUGCUAAAGGACUGGAUUCCAACAAGAACGAGGUCAACCACGCCGUGGACCGGGUGACCACAUCCGUGUAGACGGCGCCUGCCCCGCCGCGCUCCUCCGUCCGCCCGGACCGCGCGCACUGCCCGCCGCGGGUCGGGGUGCUGCUCCCCCGGCAAGUGCCUUACUCCAACCCGCGCCCGUGGGCUCCCGCCUCUUUUUUUUCCCCCUAUACUUCAGUUGUUUGUAAUAAGUAGAAUACACUACUGAAAACAUCUGACCCUUGUUUUUGUCUUAUGUUGGGCUAAGGGAGAGCAGGAAGCGGGAUUUCUAUCCUCCUCCCUCCCAUCCAUCAAGUGCUGGGGCGUUGUAAACCCAAGUUCUCUUGGACCUACUGACGAGAGAGAGAGUUUUAUGUCUGGGGAGGGGCGGGGAAUGGAUACUUUUUUAAACCUUUUUUGGCAGCUCAGAUGGUGUAAAUUAAAAAUUUUUGUAUAGGUAUUUCGUAACAAAAAAAUUUAUGUAUUUCUUUUUGUUAUUUUAUCCGGAAAACGGUACACAUUUAAGCAUUUGUGCAGGAAAAAAAAAUAAUUAACCAAACCAAUCCUAAAGUGUUUGUUUUUAUCUGUACCACCCCCUUGUGCCUUACUGUAUCCUGUGUUCUGUCAAACCGUUGCACACGGCAGCCUCUCUGAGCAGUGAGGUGACGCUUGGAACGUGGUACGGUUAAAGCAGUGUUGGCUUUUAAUCCGUGAUCGACCAGGUGGAUUUAUUUUUAACCAAAAAGAAGAGUUACCACCAAUUUAUAAAUUAUAUUGGUUGAUUUUUUUUUAAAUAGAUGAACCAAAGGAUUUAACUGCUAAUAUCUCACUUCUUACACUCUGAUUUUUCAUGAAUGAGUCCCUUAAUGAUGAGUGUGGUGUCUGACUGUAAUUACUCAGAAAGUGUGUGCCAUUUGUAAAAUAAAAUAACCAGAAAAGCACAAAAAGAGAAAGCUGGCUCAGAAACGCAGUGGGUAAAUAAAUUAUGUACUGCAAAAGAAAGUAUGAUUUUUUUUUAAUUGAAGAAAGCUUUAAAAGUUUUAUAUCGCGAUAUAAAACCACAAUAAAGCAGAAUAACCCUAUUAGAAACAUUGCUGUCUUUAUAAGUGCAAUUUAAUUUGUAAAUAGAGUUUGGGGUCAAAGUAUAACAAAAUAUUGCUUCAAGUUUUAAUUGUAAAUCUGCUAAUUUAAGGGGUCUAGAGGUAUGUUUUGGUGUAUUUCUGUUGAUUUUUUUCUCUUGUGUGUGUGUGUAUGAUGUGAUAAAAGAAGAAUGAAAAAUGCCCACUGUGUUUAGGAAAAAUCACGUUGAUGUCUUUUUAAAAUUUUUUCCAUGAAAUAAAGUCACCCUGGACAUUAGCAA